ACUUCCAAUAGUAACUCUUUAUCUUGUGUAUAUAAAUUUUUCUCUACACAAAAACAUUUCCUACAAUUAUUUAAUAGAUAGGAAAAGCAAAGAAAAAAGAGAGAGAGAAAUAAGAAACACAUAAAGAGAGGAUAACAAGAAGAAUAACGGCAGCCACUGCAAGAGGAGAACAAAGAUCCAUGGCGGUUUCAUUUUCAGCAGCCACUGCCUUACAUCUCCACCCUUCUUCUUCAUCUUACACUCCCUUAUUCAACCCUAGCCAGUUCCUCCGCCUCCGAUCCCCUUCCCGCCGCACACUAUUAAUAGCUCAUGCCCAAUCGGAGCACCGUCAAACAUGGCUUCCCGGCCUCGACCCGCCACCGCAUCUCGACGGAACCCUUGCUGGGGAUUUUGGAUUCGACCCACUUGGGCUUGGCGAGGACCCACAAAGCUUGAAGUGGUACGUUCAAGCAGAGCUUGUUCAUUGCCGCUUUGCCAUGCUCGGCGUUUCUGGAGUUCUUCUCACUGAUUUGCUUCGUGUUACAGGGAUCAGUGAAUUGCCAGUUUGGUAUAAUGCCGGUGCCGUUGAAUAUGGUUUUGCCAACAAACGAACUCUUUUCAUUGUUCAGCUGCUUUUGAUGGGGUUUGUGGAAACUAAAAGGUAUAUGGAUUUCAAAAGCCCUGGAUCUCAAGCACAAGAAGGAACUUUCUUUGGAUUAGAAGCUGCCUUUAAAGGUCUCGAGCCCGGAUACCCUGGGGGUCCUCUGUUGAAUCCUCUUGGCAUUGCUAAAGAUAUCAAGAAUGCUCAUGACUGGAAACUCAAGGAGAUUAAGAAUGGACGGCUUGCAAUGGUAGCCAUGCUUGGGAUCUUUGUGCAAGCUUAUGUUACUCAUACAGGGCCAAUAGAUAACCUUGUGGAGCACCUUUCUAAUCCAUGGCACAAGACUAUUAUCCAGACACUUUCAAGCUCAAGUCCUUAAAGAACAAGACGUUGAAACUUGAUAGUCUCUUUACUCAAUGAGCAAAAUAUAACAUGACAUUGGAGAUUUAUCAGCUAAAAAAGAAUACAGAUGAAAGAACAAAUGACCUUUGUAUUUUGAUUUGAUCAAUACAACAGAUCAAAAAUUUGUUUCGAUUA